AUGGCGGAAAAAGCAAUAAUGAAGCAAAUUAACGAGCAAAAGCUGAAAGCUUUCUCCAUUGGCACCAUGGGAAAACGACCGCAGAGUAAAAAAGAAUUAGAGGAGCAGAAAAAAAAAGAACAAGAGCAAGCAGCAGCUCAAGCUUUCGAAGAGUUCGUAGCAACAUUUCAAGAAACUCCAAAUAAAACCACUAGUAAAGUAUGGAUAAAAGCCGGUACUUAUGAUGCUGGAAAAAGGCAAGAAGAUACUAAAGACAAAGGAAAAUUGUACAAACCACAAUCAAAAAUAUCUGAAUUAGUUGAUAGUCGCUCAUCAGCUGAGCAAGCGCAGGAGUAUGCUAAAUUACUUGGUUCCAACGAGCGUAAAUUAGAUAGGCUUGGGAAAAAAAAGAGAGAAGGUGAAAAGAAGAAAAGUAAUCUAGAGACAUUUAAGGAAGAAUUAAAAAUGAUUCAAGAAGAAAGAGAAGAGAGGCAUAAGUAUAAAGGCGUUGUUAAAAAUGUUGUUAUGUCUCAGUCUGCUGACGAUCCAAUGCUGGCUGCUUUAAAGUCAGUUGAGGGCUCUAGUCCUAAUUUUCACGAUUCACGAAAAGCUCUACGCAAUUAUGUCGAUGAUCCUCACUUUUUAUCCAUGAUUUACGAGGAUGGUUCUUUUGACAACGGUGAUCCUAAUACGACUAAUUUAUAUUUGGGUAAUUUAAAUCCUAAAAUCACAGAACAACAAUUAAUGGAAAUAUUUGGUAAAUUUGGUCCAUUAGCAAGUAUAAAAAUAAUGUGGCCAAGAAGUGAUGAGGAAAAGGCUAGACAACGAAAUUGUGGAUUUGUUGCAUUUAUGAGUCGUAAGGAUGGUGAAAGAGCGUUGAAAAACUUGAAUGGUCGUGAUAUAAUGCAGUACGAAAUGAAGUUAGGUUGGGGAAAAAGUGUACCAAUACCACCAUAUCCAAUUUACAUUCCGCCAGCAUUGAUGGAGAUAACGCAGCCACCACCACCCUCUGGCUUACCGUUCAACGCACAACCUCACCGUCGUGAUAGACACAAGGUACCCCAGUCAAAGCACUCCCAGCGCAUACCACGUAUCCGCAACCUCCAGAGCGCGGACCCCCAGGAGAAGGAAAACUUCGAAAAGACUUUGCAGAAUGCCGUUGUCAAAGUGGUUAUUCCAACGGAAAGGAACUUAGUCAUGUUGAUACAUAGGAUGGUGGAAUUUGUUAUUCGCGAAGGUCCUAUGUUCGAGGCUAUGAUUAUGAAUCGUGAAUUGAAUAACCCCAUGUUUAGAUUUUUAUUUGAAAAUUACUCACCAGCACACACGUAUUAUCGAUGGAAAUUAUAUUCAAUAUUACAAGGAGACGGACAAAAAGAAUGGCGUACGGAUGAUUUUCGAAUGUUUAAAGGGGGUAGUGUGUGGAGACCACCGCCUAUGAAUCCUUGGACUCAAGGGAUGCCUGAAGAGUUAGUUGAAAUUGAAGAAAGACAAGAACCAAAAAGAGGCAGUUUAUCUAAUAGUCAACGUGAUAGAUUGGAAGAUUUGCUCAGAAAUAUUUCUCCAGAACGUUUAAAAGUUGCAGAAGUAAUGGUAUUUUGUAUCGAACAUGCUGAAGCAGCUGAAGAAAUAUGUGACUGUAUUUAUGAGUCAUUAUCUAUAUUACAAACACCAGCUAAUAAAAAAAUUGCGAGAUUAUACCUCAUCUCUGACAUUUUGCACAAUUGUGGUGUUAAAAUAACAAACGCUACCAUUUAUAGAAAAGCAUUCGAAGCACGUCUAUUAGACAUAUUUACCGAAGUUCAUCAAGCCUACACACAUUUUGAAAGUAGAUUAAAAGCAGAAGGCUUUAAAAUUCGUGUAAUGCGGGUAUUUAAAGCUUGGGAAGAUUGGGCAGUUUAUCCACGAGAGUUUUUGCUCAAGCUACAAAAUACUUUUCUCGGCCUUGCAAUUAAUACUGAACCAGAACCCAUCAAUGAUGAGGAUAUCGACGGUGCUCCAUUAUCAGAUGUUGACGGAGAUACUGGUGAAGAUUUGGAUGGCAUACCUCUUGACGGUGCAGCACUUUUGAAAGGAGCUAUGAAACUUGGGCUUACUCCUCAACCUAGUAGUAAUUAUGAUGACAUUGACGGUGUUCCAAUGGAUGAUGAUAUUGACGGUAUUCCGAUGGAGGAUAAUCGUACACAGACUAAGAAAACAAAUGAUAAAAAACCUAUAAUGCUCGCGGGUUUUGUACCUUCACGAUGGGAAACUGUCGACCCUGAUCAAGUAGAAGCACAAGCUAUGACUACGAAAAGACGUACUAGACUACGUGAAAUAGAAGUUAAAAUAAUGCAAUACCAAGAUGAAUUGGAAAGCGGUAGGAGAACACUAAAGUCAGGAAUGACCAUUCAAUCUCAAGUAGAACAUUAUCGUAAAAAACUUAUCAGAAAGAGUGAGAAAGAAUCGAAAGAAAUAAAAAACGAAGAAAGAGAUGAUGAUAGGCGAAGAGAAAGACGACGUAGUACGUCAACUGAUUCACCAGUUCAUUAUAGAGACAGACGAAGAACUUCACCUAGUCCUCCUCCAAAAAGUAGCAGUCGCUAUAGAUCACGUAGUAGAUCACCGAGAAGUAAACGAAGAUCACGAUCGCCUUAUAAAAAGCGUGCCCUAUUAACUCCAUCACCUCCGCGAAUACGUACAACCCCAUCUCCAGUAUUUUCAAGCUCACGAUCAUCACGGAGAUCAUCACCUGUAAGUGAAAGAAGUGAACGUAAAAAGCGUGUACGUUCUCCUUCAAUAUCACCACCACCUCCGCCAAGAAGUUCUAUUAAGCAUAGACUUAGCAGUCCACCUUCGCCGUUGCCCAGAAAACACAGACAUAAGCAUAAAUAUUAA